GUUGUUUCGCAGUUUUAAGGAAGGUACUGUUUUCGUGCUAUUUGCGCUUUGAGUAAGGGAUCUUGGUAUACCAAACAAACGUAGCCGAGGAGUCAGAACUUCAAAAAGUGAUAACGCCGUCGACUUCUGGAGUGAUGAACAUGCUAUAAAGGACACUGAAAAGGAGUACAUGGCAUUGGAAGAAGGAAUAUCACGGAAUAAUAAUAGAGAGAUUAUUUGAUCACAGACAUAUUUGAUCUGGUUGCAGGUUAUGAAAUUGCAUGUUGCACCGUGAAAGUGGCGUUAUACUGUAAUGUUGGAGAAAGACACACGCUGGCUAUAAGAUAAAAGCUAUUUUAGUGUUUUGUUUUGCUUUUGCGUAGCGUACUCUGCACAACCACUUGUUGAAAUACCAAAAUCUACAGAUGCGAGGAUAUUUACGUUUUUCGUGGAUUAAAUGAAAACUUCAAAGUUUGGGAAGUUGAUAUUUCUCAGGAGCCAAUUCAUAAUUGUUACUGCGUGAGCGGUUGUUGGGGGGAACUCUAACGUUAUUUUUGAUAAACUUAACAUUGCUUAUGUUGGCUAGGGAAUAAGCUUGCCAACGUUUCAGCACAGACGCUUUAACGAGCUAACGUUACCUUGGUGUCGCAACAUUGUUACAAUUAUAGCACUCCGUUUACAGUUGUGCAUUUUGCAUAGAAAAAACAAACGUGAAUGUUGUUUUUUAGGUUUUCCUGGUUGUGGCGCAACAAAAUAUGUCAAUGACAGGUUAGCUCGCCAAAUAGUUAGCGUGCUAGCUAGCAGAAGCUGGUACAACUUUAGCCAGUUAGCAAGUCCUUUGCUAAGAUUAGUAUUACCGAACCUUCGGUUACGCUACCGUUAGCUGUUUGAAUCUGUCAAAUCAAGUUGUCAGUUAUCAAACAACUACAAUGACUGCUUCAGAUUUUGGUGUAGUAAAUUUGUAACCACUAUAUCAGUUGUUUUAUGUUGUCAAAUUCGUUGAUAGUGAGUUGAGUUUACUUGUGUUAUAUGGUAAAACGAUGCACACAAUAAACUAGCUAGAAUAGCUGGCUACUCAACCAUGCUAACGCAGGCUUGUUAGCUUGAAAACUGCGCUGGCUUAACAAGUUGUCCAAUUAGCCAAGUAGGUGGCAUUUCCAUUUGAAUUGUAUUUGCUAUUUUAGCACACUUCAACAAGUUACUUUGUGUCUCGGAGUUUAGUGGUCGCAACGGGAUUUCCCCCUAAUUGCUAACUUCUAGUGCAAAGUGUGUCGGAGCUGCUUUGGGAGUUAUCCCCGUAUAUUUCUUCUCGAAUUUUUAGUUUUAGUUUGUUUUUCUAACGUAAGUGGCUGUUGGACUAGCAAGUUAGCUAGCUAACGAAUGUUUUUAUAAGCUUGACAGCAAGUAAACAAGCGUCCAACGAUUUUGUCUCUUUCAACACUUUGGAGAAAUCUCUUCACGAAUCCCGACAAUGGACUGUUGGUCAGACUUGUGACUUUUGCUCCAACUCUAAACUCCUACCUUUGUCAAGUUAAGUUGUUUAACUCUGCGGCCCUCACAAUGUCGGGAUCCCCGAGCUCGAGUGGGUCAAACCCGAGGAAAUUCAGCGAAAAGAUUGCCCUGCACAAUCAGAAACAAGCGGAGGAGACACGGGCCUUUGAGCAGCUUAUGACGGACCUCACUGUUUCAAGGGUGCAGUUCCAGAAACUUCAGCAGCUGCGUCUCUCCCAGGGUCGGGCCCAAUGUUAUGGAGGCUCCCUACCCAAUGUCAACCAGAUCGGCCACGCCAACACAGAGUUCCAGGGUCCGUUCCCGUCGGGGCUGGACUCGGGGGUUCGUGGGACGCGGCACCACGGCCUGGUGGAGAGGGUUCACCGCGAGCGCAACCGCAUCAACUCACCGCACCGCAGACCCCUGGACAAGCACGGCCGGCAGAUGGAAAGCUCUCCGUACAGCUCUGUCUACCUGUCACCUCCACCAGACAACAACUGGCGAAGGGAGCAGCAGCCAUGGCCUGAAGACAAGCGACCCGGAUUUAGAUUAAUGUCCCAACUCAACAGGACCAACUCCGACUCGGCCCUCCACACCAGCGCUAUGAGUCCCAACCCACAGGACCCCUUUGGCAUGAACCAGCAGAUGGCCCGUGGGCCCCCACAGCGCAACGCCAGCGUUAAUGAGGCAGAGAUAGACAGAUCAGGAGAUGUGUUCUCCUUCCCCUCGCUGCCCAGCGAUGACGGCCUGAUGGGCGUCAACAAGCCAAUGCCCAAGCAGCUGUGGGAGGCCAAGAAGGUCCAGUCCUUGUCCUCGCGCCCCAAGUCAUGUGAAGUGCCUGGAAUCAACAUAUUCCCCUCCCCGGAGCCCAGCAUGGGCCUGUCGCAUUACCAGGGCUCCCUGAACACGGGCGGCUCCCUGCCUGACCUGAGCAAUCUGCACUUCCCCUCGCCACUGCCCACGCCGCUGGACCCAGACGACGGCAGCUGCUACCCCAACCUGAGCGGAGGCAGCAGCACCGGCAACCUGCCCGCUGCCAUGAUGCACCUGGGCAUCGGCAACUCCCAGGGUCUCUCAUCCUCCCUCAGCAACCCCUCCAUCCAGGCAUCGCUCGCCAACUCCCAGCUGCACUCGUCCCUCAGUAAUCCCUCCAUCCACUCGUCCCUGCGCCUCUCCUCACUGACCAGUCCGCCAGCGGCGGGCAUGAGCAGUUCGCCACGGCGACGCCCUGCCCCCAUCAGCCCCCUGACGCUGUCGCCGGGCGCGGAGCAGAGGCGGAGUCUGGGCAAGCAGAUGUCGCCGACCAUGUCGCCAUCGCUGUCCCCAAUCACACAGGGCGUCCCGUUAGACACCAGCCUCCCCAUGGAGCCCCCCCCACCGUACCCCCUCUACAAGCAGUCCCAGCAGGCCAUGCAGCAGCAGCAGAACCAGAACCAGCACCAACCCAUGCAGCAAGGCCGGUGUCAGGGCCAGGGUGGCCAGCAUCAGCACCAGCAGCAGCACCAGCAACACCAGCAACACCAGCAACACCACCAGCAGCAGCAGCAGCCAGUGUCGCCACUGCAAAACCUGUCCAACCUGGACUUCAGCUCAGCCCUGCAAAAUAACAUGGGAACAUUCUUCAACGAUCCCUUCAUGGAUCCUCAGUUUUGCGGCCGCCAGAAGGGUCUGAAUUACCAGCAGGAUCAGUUCAGUCUGUUGGAGAAUGCCAUGAGUGCGAUGGGUGGGGGCUCGUGUUUCGACAACGCCUCCAACCUUUACUACAACCAGGCCUCACUGAUGGGGCUGAGCGGUAGCCACGGCAACCUGCAGGACCCCCUGCAGAUGCGCUCCAACAUGCUCUACAAUAACUGCGGGGGAGGAGUCCCCAACAUCAUCCUCACAGACGACUCCAACCCCAACCUGUCGAAGGACAUCAGCAAUGCUCUGUCGGCGGUGCCCGAGUGCUUCGACUCGGAGGGCGGCUUCCCCCUGGAGGACGAGCUGCGCAUCGAGCCCCUCAGCCUGGACGGUCUGAGCAUGCUCAGUGACCCCGACAUGGUCCUGCCAGACCCCUCCGUGGAGGACAGUUUCCGUAGCGACAGACUCUGAAGAGCACUCUCUCCUGGUGGAGGUGGACAGGGCAGGUCACUCCCAGUUACACGUGACCUUCACUCUCACGCACGCGCAUUGUUGGCUCAACGGAACACUUUGUGGAAAAGCACGUGCAUGUGAGGAUGCAUUCUUGCAUGUAUUUACUUGUAAAGAGUCAAAAAUGUUACACUCUCUCACACACUACUUGUGGACUCAUCGGCAUCACAGUUAAGACGCACACACUUUUUUUAGUUUUGUUUUUUCUUACACGCAAAUGGGAACAUAAAGCGGCCAGGGCUGUGUGGUCAGUCCCAUAUGCCCUUUAUCCAGGAGCGCUUGUGUCCGUGGGAAAUCAUCUUAGCGUCUUUAUUUUUUUACCCUGUUUGUGUAUUUGUUUGAUGUUUAUCUGAACGUACACAUACAGUCAGACACACACACACACACACACACACACACACACACACACACACACACACACACACACACACACAGCACUGGCAGUAACAUGCAUACACACUCUAAGAGGUGUAAUAAGGGACUUUUUUUGUAUGUGUGUGUUUGCUAUCGUUUUUGUUUUGUUUUUAUAACCGUCUUCUAUUGUCCUUCAUGUGGCUAAGGUCUUUUCCCCCUAAUUUCACCAAAAAGAGGAAUGUCGUUUCUGUGACACUGUCCUUGUCCAACGUCCACUGACCGGGAACGUUUGCUCUCUGCGCACGGGUCCUCCCAGGGUUGUUCUCUAGGGUCCAUCUUUGGAGAUUCUGGAUAACGUCUGAGGACAUCGUCCCUCUUGCUUGUAUCCUCUUGCGCUGCGCACAAACAGGAUGGUGAGCCAAGCCGAGAUGAGGUGCCCAGACCAGACUGGCACCAAGCAAACAGAUGGGCGCGCCCUUCAGGGGGCUCAGUCCCUGACUUGCCCACCAGCAAUCCUGCGCCAGCACCCCGCAACUAACCCCCCCCCACCCACCCACCCCUCCAGUGCCCACUCUGAAGCCUGGCAGAGAGGCGCUGGCACCGGAUCCAUUGCUUUGUUCCAGUCCGUGGCAUAUGUGCCCACAGCCCCUGUGUGGGCCCAGUGUGUGAACCCCUUGUUCUGGCUGCAAUGCCCGUGUCCAGUGCAGUUCAGCUGCAGCGUAAUGGGGACCGGCGACAAACACUCAUAGAGAGAGAAGCUCUCUUUCUCCCUGAAUACUUUAUUGAGGCACAAUCACCCGCUCUUCUUUAUGCACGGAGCAUUAUUUUUCAAUGUCUUUGCAUAAUAUAUAUAUUUUUUUUUUUUGUAAAAUAUGAAAAUUUAAUGAGAUUUAAAAGCAACAAAAAAAAAGUUUGCCACUUAACAUAUGCCUCACGAUCACCGUCGGACAAGAAUGUAUUUUCUAAGAAAUCAAGAAAAAAGCGUGAACACUUCAUAAAAAGGGCAAACUGUUUACAGUGCAAACAAAAAAGAUUUUAAAGAUGGAAAAAAAAGAUAUUUCAAACAAAUCUUAAGAUUCUUAUAUGAGAUGGAAACACUUCUAUAAUGUUUUGGUAUAAAGUCUAUGACAAAGAGAAAAAAAGGACUUAUUUGUAUUCACUUCUAUUGUAUAUUUUUGACUUUUCCAUGGAGAUUAUGGAAGCUCGGUGCUGAGUUGAGCGGCCUGUUGAAAGGCCGUGGCGUUGUGUUGUCUCGUCAGUGAUAACUAUGCAGAGCACUGCAGCAAAACCAGCCCAACACAGAGAAACAGAAACUAUUUUACCUUUCAUUAACUAUGAUGUAUCUCCCUCCCAUUGUAAUGUAAGUAUAUAUAUAUAUAUAUAUAUAUAUAUAUAUA